AUGCGGGAUGCUUUAACACAUUCCUCUCGUCGUGAAGAUGAGAAUGUUCGUGAGUCUGAAAGAGUCCGGGAUGCCUUAGCACAUUCCUCUCGUCGUGAAGAUGAGGCUUUUCGUGAGACUGAAACACUCCGCGAUACUUUGGCGCAUUCUUCUCGUCGAGAAGAUAAGAAUGUCCGUGAGUCUGAAAGAGUCCGGGAUGCUUUAGCACAUUCCUCUCGUCGUGAAGAUGAGGCUUUCCGUGAGACUGAAAGGCUCCGCGAUGCUUUGGCGCAUUCUUCCCAAGGCGAAAAUGAGAAUUUUCGUGAGAUUGAAAGGAUACGGGAUGCUUUAGCACACUCUUCUCGUCGCAUGGAUCCAACAUAUCGUGUCAUGGAGCAACAGCGGAAUACAUUAGAACACUCUAUACAUCGGGAAAAUCAAGAGUAUAGAGAAAUGGAACGUACACGGGAUGCUUUGGCGCAUAUGUCGAGAAGAUCGAAUCCUAUUUUGCGAGCUGCAGAACAACGGCGAAACACCAACUCCCGAAUCCAGAAUGGAAAUGCUAACUAUAGACGCUCUUCGGCACACUCGUAG